AUGGAUCCAAUCUUGCGACGACGAGCUGGAAAGGGUCAAGGAAGUGAAGAAUCAAUUGCAGAGCCUGGACAGCAGCAGUUAGUAGUAAGUAUCGAAGGCGCUGAAGCUGUUAGAGAUGUGUCGAGAGAGGUGGAACUUGAAGCAGGGCCAUUGCAGAUUGGCGAUGGAGCGGAGGGAGCUGCCGAGGGACACGUGACAGAAUCAGUAUCGGAGAUUACUGCUGGUGCUGCGGAAACUCUGGGUGUGCAGAUGAAUCCAUUCUGGUCUCAGAAGAUUCAAGAUGAGGCUAGACUAGCUGCGGCCAGACCUGCGCAUUUGGAUGAGACUGCUAGUGAUUCUACGGAGAUGAGACAGUUGGAGGAGACGGCUCUGCCGGUUCCGAAGAGUAGCCCAGUUAGCUUUGGACCUUCACAUGUGGGUUCUGGGAUACAGGGUGCUACUUCGGCUUCUUCGGCUUCAGUUGAGAACCAACAGGCUCCAGGACUUCGACCUGGGGAAAGGAGAAUUCUGACUGAAAUGAAAGAUCUCAUGGAAACCAUCAUGAAGCAGAAUGCCGAACUGAGUGAACAGAAUACUGGCUUGAGACAGCGCAUUGACAAGCUCGAGGAGGAGAAGGCAAGCAGCCAACAGGCAUGGAGAUCGGGGUUUGGUGUUACCUCGGACCGAGAUGCCGCUGUGGCCCUGGGAGGGAUUCAAUGGGGUGAUGAGGUGCGACAUGGUGAAGGUGAUGAUUUAGGGAGAGACCCUUGGGAGGGACAGGAUGUGCUGAACCUUCCGUUCCCACCUGGCCGAGACCCAUUUAAUCCUGGUGAUCGGACGUUCUGGAAUCUUCCGACGUUGGAAGGGGUACAUCUGCCCUCUCCGGCUACGCGAGCUGGGGAUUGGCUGGCUCAGAUACGUCCGUUGCUUUGUGAUUUGAGCGAGUGGUCCCAGUUGUGGUGGUCUCGUGUUGAGUGGGAGGCUCAGGCCCUGUAUAGGCAGUGGUCCAGGGCUCCUGCUAUUCAGAAGGGCAUGAUUCAGCCGAGGUUGAGUGUUGAGCUCACACACGUGAGACUUCGGAGAUUGGAGAGCAGGGCAUAUGGAAUGCUUCAGUCGGCUGUGCCUCAGGCGAUUCGGGAUGAGUUGCUGGCAACGCGGUCGUUGCACUGCGUGGGGCUGUUGUUUCAGAUCUUGAAGGUGUAUGCUCCAGGGGGUCUGCAAGAGAGGGCUCAGGUACUCACUGAACUCACGAACCUUGGGCAUGCCAAGUCAGCAUCAGAUGUCGUGAAUGCUUUGAGGGCUUGGAGUAGAUGCCAUGCGAGAGCGGUGAGUAUGGGAGUGAUGGUGCCUGAUCCGGCUCUGAUCUUAAGAGGGGUGGACUCUCUGGUGGAUUCAUUGUCGCGCAAGGCAGCAAAUGCUCAGGUGGCUUUCAGACUGUCGGUAGCCCGUAACCAACUUCAGAUUGAUCAUCAUCCUAGCAUGGUGUCAGUGAUUGAGUACAUGCGUGUGCUGCAGUCAGAGUGGGAACAAGUUUCUGUGUCAGGCCAGGAAGCUACUUCGGGGCCGCCUAAGGUUGCCCGCAUGGACACUGAUCAGGGUAACGGGGGCAAGGAUGGUGCUGCACACACUGGGGACAAGGGAGACAAAGGGGGAAAAGGAGCAAAAGGAGAAGGCAAGAAGGGGGAAAAAGGGGAGACAGCUCCCAAAGCGGGAGGAGGUGCUACGCAUCCUUUGAGAACAGCUGCUGAGGAUGAAUGGUGCCGGGUUACGCACCCGGUGAGGGGGCUGCUCAAUACAAACCUGGAGGGAAAUUGUCCUGUAGUGGAUGAGUUCCUUUGUCUUGAGCUGAUUGAGGAGCUUGAGACUUUUCAGAGCGAUCGUAUGCAGCAAGCAUUGGCCCUGCGAGCCUUGAACUUAGGCGCGAGAUCAGAUUCGGUGGACUUUGCUGACUGUGCUUGGGGUAGCGAGAAGGAGGUUUUGGAGUGGCUGAGGGGUCAGUUCAGGGACUGGCCUGAGCAUCUGCUGAGAAGGGCACUUCCUGCGAGGUGUGACAGUGCUCCUGAGGGCUCUCAUGCGUUUAUGUCCAUGAACAGGCGACAUCGACGUGCUGUGGAAAGGGCUGAUACUGUGGUUCUUCACCUGUUCUCUGGGAGUGAAAAGGGGCUUCAGGUUGAGGGGCUGGGAAGUAAGACGGUGAUUCUGAGAGUUGAUGAGAGAGUCAAGCGAGACAUCCUUGAUGAGAAGACCUACAGCUGGCUGGCCUCCUUGUGCUCGUCUGGUAAGGUGAGUGCUGUGGUGGCUUGUCCGCCCAGUAACACAUUCAAGCCAGUCUGGAGUGACGUUGAGAAGGAUUUCAAGCGUCUUCGUGGGCCAACGCGUGACCAGCGCUUCGGUCUAUUGGGGAAUUCACAAGCAGAGCAAGAAUGGGCUGAUGACCAAACGGUCAUGCUUCUGCGAACCCUUACUCUUCAUCACUUGGCUCAUGAGGCACGUCCGGGUGAGCCAGAGCAGGUGAGUUGUGGUUGGUGGCAUUGGCCGGAGCUUGCCAUCCUCACCAACAGCUGGGUGCUGUACACAACGUUGCAUGCUAGGACCGAAUGGCGUGAGAUACAGGGUGAUCCGAGCGCGCAGUGGCAACCCUCUGUGCUUCAUGCGGUAGGUCAUGCGAUUCAGGUGUGGAAAAAAGAGACAGUCAGAGACAGAGACGAGAGAUUGAGUGAGGACCAGGCUGCUCUUAAGGCACUUACCAAGGAGGAAAUCGAGUUUCGCGAACAUUGUGAGAAAGAUCACAUUAUCUUCAGAAAAGACUGUAAGGUCUGCUUGCAGGCAGCCAUGCGAGGGCCCAGACAUAUACGACAGAAGUACCAACACUCCAACGCUUUGUGCCUCAACCUCGAUUUGAUUGGUCCAUGGAUUCCUGGGCGGGAUCAUGCCCUGAGUGCUCCUGCGAGGCACAUCCUCGUAGCAACUUUGGGAGUCCCGGUGUUCAGGGAUGGCAACCCAUUGCCACUCCAACCUGAGGAUAAAAAAGAAGAAAAAGAGGGGUUGAGAGAAGGAGAGGGAAGUGAAGACAGAGAGGAGGAUGAUGCUUCGAAGGAGGCCGGGGGUAUAGGAGAAUGGGUUAUUGAGGACGAGAGUGAGAAGGAAUGUGAGGGAGAAGAAGAACCACUUAGUGAAGAAGAGUACAAGAGAUUGUGUGAAGAACAAGAUGAGAAGUGGCGAACCAUCGCUCAAGACCUCAAGGAUCCUGUUGAGCUUCAUGAGCUCACCUUUGCUGAGCCUCUGGUCUCGAAGAAGGCUGAGGAGAUUCUCGAUGAGCCAGCUCCGGCACCUGCGCGCCGAAUCACAGGGUUGGUCAUGGCAAGAAAGAAGCGAAUUUGCUUAAUGCACCACUCAACAGCGCAGAUUUUCAUGAUCCUGGGGAAUUCUUAUGCGGCUGAGGACAGUCCAGUUGCCGAGAGCGGGUCACGUGCCGAGAACAGUCCAGUUGCCGAGAAGCGUCCAUGUGCUGAGGAUAGUCAGGGUGGAACAUCAAUGUUCGUCGAGAGAUGUCUUGAUGAGGCGGAGCUAGAUCAGUUGCUUCAUGAACAUGUUGUUCUUCGGAAGUUUCUGUUGGAACAACACAAACACAUGCAGGAGGAAGUCACUGUAGCUGCGAGUCAGGGUUGGGAGGCUUUGACCAGGCCACUGAAUGACAUUCAUCAAUGGAUAGAGGAUGCUGAGCAUUGGCUGUUGUGGCAAGAUGCGGAACAGCUACGGAAAUCAGGCAAUGUGAGCUCGGAUGAAAAGGAGGUCUUGAGAAACCUUGAGGAUUGGAAGGGCUCCAUUGGUGAUGAGUUAGGGAAUGUGUUUGAUGUUCAUCAAGCAAUGCGUCGGCGAAGUGAGUCAGAGCUUCAGGCAUUUAAAGAUGCUGGGGAAAUUCUAGAGAUUAUACCGUCGAAGGCGUUGUUUCAGAAGAAGGGAGGAAGUGGACGUCACAAAUGCCGUGUAGUUGCUUGUGGCAAUUAUGCUGAGGGUUCCAAGACAAAGAGUCGCGAUCGGAAGCUCCAGUGUUACGCAGGUGGAGCUGAUUCGCUGAGCUUGAGGUGUCACUUACGUGCAGCAGGGCAUCGAGCGCACACCGAGGCAUGGCGCACUUCAGGUGCCGACAUCAGAACAGCAUUUUUGCUGGCGCCACUGCGUCAGCAAAACAAGCGAAUCAUCCUGCGCCCUCCUACUGUUCUCAAGCAGGCAGGAUGUGUUGCUGAAGGAGAGUACUGGGAAAUCACUGGUGCAUUGUACGGUUUGCAGGAUAGCCCUGCGGACUGGGCGGUGUACCGAGAUGAGACACUUCCGACCAUUCCCAUUGUGUACAACGGACAGACCACCUACUUGAAGCAGUCCAAGUAUGACCCGAAUCUUUGGUUGUUACGUUGCCCUGAAUCUUCUAAGCUUAUAGCCGCCCUUACGAUCUACGUCGACGAUUUGCUACUGUCUGGAACGGCAGAAGCAUCGGAGGCUGUUUGGUCCGGCAUAAAGGCGAAGACAUUUACGGUUGAAAGCAGCAUGGUUUCUAGAACAGAUGGACUGGAAGGACGGAGUUCGAAAUCCAAGGACCGUGAAGCGAGUGAUUGUGAGAGUGUGGAGUACACUGUCCAGUUUUGA